GAGACACACGUGCCGCCCUUAAGGCCAAGGCCAAAAGGUAUGCCGAUUUAAUGGAAAGGGCCAUUCCUAAGCUAGCCCGAAAAAGACAGAAAAUGAAUGAUCUAGCCCACGAAAGACAAGUCCGUAGCUACGAGGCCCGAAAUGGGAACGUCGGUCCCCAACAUCAAUAUAAAUUAGGGGACUUGGUACAGGUGACGUGGAUGCAAACCAGUGAGCAUCCUGCGUGUAUCGAGUACCUGGAGCUGUUGAUCCUGCAGGCUUGGAGAAUGGACGUGGAAGGUGAUCUUCUCGGUUUUCUCUUCAGAUCGGUGCGGCCGGACCAUCGCCAACUAAUUACUCAAGAACUCGUCGUCCCGCUUGUGCAACUAGCUGAUGAUCUCUCCCUCGACAUCAUUUUCCAAAGCGACGAUAGUCCCGCUCCGCACGUCAUCACGCGGACAUUGGCGCCGUAUCUUCAGUGGACUGCGUGCUUGGAAGAACCUGGGAGUGACAACACUUUGCCAUCGCGGCAGGAGUACUUGAAGCCGUACGGAAUCAUCGAUCACGCCUUCUAUCCGAAGGAAGAGCCUGAAGAGGCGCUCGAAGGAGAAGAGGAAGCCACUGAAGAAGAGAGCGACGCCGACGAGAAAACGUCGGAGGAGGGAAGUUAUAGUGAGUACAGCGAAGGGAAGCAGAGUGAAGAAGAGGAGGAGGUAAAAGAAGAAGAAGAAGGAGAAGAGGAGGAAGCCGGAUCGGAGUGGGAGGACUUGCCGGAAGAAGAGGCGCGCACAGGCACGGAGGCGGAAAAUCCCGAAGCGGCACGUAGAAGGGAAGAGAUCGCUGCUGGGAAAAACCAACUGGAGAUCGCCAACGGGGCGAGCUUGUGUAUCAACGACGACCCAACCAGGGAUCCAGAGCCCCCCGAGCCCGAAGAUGGCGGAUCAGCAAUCGUGGCUCCGAGUGCAUCGCGACGGAGACGGAGCCGAUCACCCUCCCCCUCCACCCCAACCCGUCCCCCAGUUCGUCCACGUACCGAUGCGGGGAAUCAGCCUUCGUCCCCGGUCAUUAUUCCAUCGUCCCCUUGACUACCUCACCCUCUGCCAGAUCUCUACCCCCGUCACCUUCCCUCGCAACCCCUUUCCUCCCAAUACCUUGGGUCACUUUUACU